AUGACAAGAAGCUCCACCAAGAAGAAGAAGAUCCAGGAAAACAGAAUUAAUAUUGUUCAGAAUCUGUCCAAGGAAAUUAAGAAAGAAAUGAAGAGCAAGUUGCCUGUGUACAUUGAAGCUGCUGAAAUGCUUCCAGUAGAAGGGGAUUAUGUAUUUGCAGCUGAUUGUCUCCUUGGCGACUUGGGCUUACAGAAUUUUUUCACUGUCAUGUUUAAUCAUCUUGAGGGCACACAAAUAUAUGAAAGAAAUCAAGUGCAGGAAGCCUGGGAGACCAUCAUACUUCACCUACCCGAAGCGUGUAGGUCGAAUGUACUAUACCACAAGAUUGAUGAUGGUUUCCUGGAUGUCCAAAACAAGUUGGGUCAAAUACUUCUGUCCGAUUCAAGGAAUUGGUCUGCUCGUACAAAAAAAGCCUUUGAAAGAAUGAUAGAUUCAAGCCCUGACAAAUGGGCACUCAAGAAGCAUGGGAAAUCAACAGCGUAUCUGCCAAAAGAUGUCAAAGAAAAAGAGUUUGUCCUAGAUGAUGAGGAGGUGCUGCUAAUUAUUGAGGAUAUAAGAGUUUACUUCAGGAAAGAAAAAUAUUCUCGCGUAUUCAGACUGAAAGACUUGCCUGUACAGCUGGGUUCAGACGGCCCUGUCAAUAACAAACUUGACAAGCUUCUGAAACUUGGUGCUCAAGAUCUUGAGAAUUCUAAGUUUCUUAUCAAGCCUUUCAUGAAGUUCAAAAGAGCCUGCAGUUCAAAUCAAACAUCCACCGAGAGCAAAGUCAAUGGAAAUAUGGACAAAAAGCUUGGCACUUGUUUGGUUCCUCAAGGUCGUAAGAAUGGUCUGAAGUCAAAUGUGACCAAAGUAGAGGAGAAAUUCAAAGAUUUUCAGAAGGCAUUGGCAAUAAAUUGGUUGAUGACGCUUCCCGUAAAUUGA